GAUGCCAAACAGUCGUAGUCUAAACGUUUUGCUGUUUGGUGCGUUUCAAGUGAGGGAUUUACAAAACAAAAUAAAUAAAAUACACACAAAAUGCUGAGACCAGGGCUAUUUCACAUAGGCCUAUCUACAGUGUUGUUGUUGCUGUUGGGCCAAGCGCUGGCCAUUGACUACUCCAAUCCCAAGUCGCAGGUGGAAUAUAUAAGUGCGCAGCCAGGAGACAAGCCGAACAUUGUGCCAAUAACGCGGCCUCCUUUGCUCAAUCAAACACCGCCACCGCCGCCAGGCAAUUCCAAGAAUUUUGCAUACAAUCCUAAAAGUCAAACCUGGACAAAGAUUGAUGCGCACGAUCCACAGCCGGAUGAAGAUACAUUGGUCUGGAAUCAAAGCAAUGAUAAAUGGCUAACCAGGGUGCCGGGAUCUUAGCCAAGAACACGCAACAAUAUUCGCGAACACGCACGCAACUUUCGAUUAAAUCAACAUGACACGCACAAAAAUGUAUAUCUCAAGCAAAGUGUUAAUCAAAUUAUUUACUUUUAUUUUAUUUUCAAUAUAAGUAUAUAUAUAACAGAAAAACUUCUGAAACGCACAAUGCCAACAAACCGUUGAAAAUAUCAAUUUAUCGAUAAAUAUCGAUUUCAGUCUUUGGAAAACAUAUUUUAACCAAUGCUUUUUUGUGAUUUUCCUCAAAUAUACGUUGUUUAAUGUUCUUUGAUACA